UUGAUGCGUGGGAGGGAUCUAUUGAUGCGUGGGAGGGAGUCGGUGCUGAAGGAUGAAGUAACUUCGCUGUGAGCUCAGUUGAACGGAAGGCGUUGUCUGCCGAAAGAUUAAAGACGAGAAAGGAAGAGUUUGUGUGUGUGUGUGUAGCGGUGUGAGGGAUGCCUCGGCGUAGCCGGGCCCGUGACAAUGGGGCUGAGGUGAGCCAGCGAACCCCCCGAGGGAGGAGAAAAGACCCCCAAGUUGAGGAGCCUUCCACACCCACCAGAGAGGCCACAGGAUCUAUGAUGCCACAGGAUCGGUUGCCUAUGAUUGGCUCCUCUGGGAGUAAGCCAGCAGCCAAGCCGACUAUGACAACCCACCAGCGCCCCUCUCAGGCCGCACGGAGGAAGCGCACCCAGACGGGCCUUCCCCCGGACAGCAUGACCCCGUGGGGCGGACUGUCCCUGUCCGAAUCCUCCUUCACCAGCAUCCCUCCGCCCCCGCCCGCCCCUCUCCCCACACCCCUGCCCCCCCAACUCCCCCGACACCUGUCGGGGGGUGUCGGUGUCCGGAGCCCUGCCCCCUCGCCCCCAGUCACAGCUCCCACGGAGGGGAGCAGGGCCGCGAGGGUGAGGCGCAGGGUGCCCCCCCAGCACAGGCUCCCCCGUGCCCCCCGCUUGCCCCCCCUCAGACCCGUCACCAACCUCAGCUUCUCUCGCAGCUUCACCUUCUCCUUCUUUGAGCUGCCGCUGCACCAGUCCCCCCACAGCCGCGCUGAACGCGUCCGAGACCUCAUGCUGCUGCUGAGACAGAUCCAGUACUGACUGACCGCACUACACCGUGACCCAGAGCAGCGACUAAGUACUGACUGACCGCACUACACCGUGACCCAGAGCAGCGACUCAGUACUGACUGACCACACUACACCGUGACCCAGAGCAGCGACUCAGUACUGACUGACCGCACUACACCGUGACCCAGAGCAGCGACUCAGUACUGACUGACCGCACUACACCGUGACCCAGAGCAGCGACUCAGUACUGACUGACCGCACUACACCGUGACCCAGAGCUGCGACUCAGUACUGACUGACCGCACUACACCGUGACCCAGAGCAGCGACUCAGUACUGACUGACCGCACUACACCGUGACCCAGAGCAGCGACUCAGUACUGACUGACCGCACUACACCGUGACCCAGAGCAGCGACUCAGUACUGACUGACCGCACUACACCGUGACCCAGAGCAGCGACUCAGUACUGACUGACCGCACUACACCGUGACCCAGAGCAGCGACUCAGUACUGACUGACCGCACUACACCGUGACCCAGAGCAGCGACUCAGUACGGACCACAGCAUGGCUAUUAACUAGGACAAUACUUGACCACUCACCAGGACAAUGGUCCAGCUCUGGUUGCAUCACAAUUACAUCAAGUCCAAGCACUGGCACCGGUGGUCAGGCACGAUCCUUCUGAAAAUGCGGCACUACUGUCCAGUACUGACCGACUUGAUGGCACACCAAGGACCACAACAGGACCAUGGUUAUGUGCAGAUAUUCUGAACCCUUUCUGAUUAACUCAGUCCAGGGAUACUGCUUUUAAAGCACAUUUAUUCUCAGCGUUUGUAUGUUAGUGUGCCCAGUGAUUGGAGUACUAAACAUUUGUGUGUGUGUGUGUGACGUGUUAACAAUUUGUUUGUUCUUAUUGGCUGUCUGGAUCUGGGGGUGAGGCUUUGAGACAGUGUAGCACGGGUUAAAUGAGGAAAUUGAUCAGAUUAAAACGUAUCAACAAAAAAAUAACAGAUUAAAAAAAAAAACAUACCGAGUUAAAACUCUGAAUAUUUG